GACAGAGCCGUAAAGGCGCGCGGAGUGGAGCAUGGCGGUGUACGGCGUGGCGGCGGCAGUACUGGCGGGCGUGGAGAGCCGUCAGGGCUCCAUCAAAGGGCUGGUGUACGCCAGCGGCUUCCAGAACGUGAAGCAGCUGUACGCCCUGGUGUGCGAGACGCAGCGCUACUCUGCCGUGCUGGACGCCGUGAUCGCCGGCGCCGGCCUCCUCAGCGCCGAGAAGAAGCUGCGGCCGCACCUGGCCAAGGUGCUAGUGUAUGACUUACUGCUGGGAAGAGGCUUUAGAGGGGGCAGGGGCCGAUGGCAGCGUCUGCUGCACCGGCACCAGGCAAGGCUGAAGGCUGAGUUGGCUCGGCUCAAGGUUCAUCGAGGUGUGAGCCGGAAUGAGGACCUGUUGGAAGUGGGAAGCAGGCCUGGCCCAGCCACGCAAGUGCCUCGAUUUGUGCGGGUGAACACUCUCAAGACCUGCUCCGAUGAUGCAAUUGAUUAUUUCAAGAGACAAGGUUUCUCCUACCAGGGUCGAGCUUCCAGCCUCGAGGACCUAAGGGCCCUCAAAGGGAAGUGUUUUCUUCUGGAUCUCUUGUUGCCAGAGCUGCUUGUGUUUCCUGCCCAAACGGAUCUGCAUGAACAUCCAUUGUACCAAGCCGGCCACCUCAUCCUGCAAGACAAGGCCAGCUGUCUCCCAGCUAUGCUGCUGGCUCCGCCGCCAGGUUCCCACGUCAUUGAUGCAUGUGCUGCUCCAGGCAAUAAGACCAGUCACUUGGCUGCUCUUUUGAAGAACCAAGGGAAGAUCUUUGCCUUUGACCUGGAUGCCAAACGCCUGGCGUCCAUGGCUACUCUGCUGGCCCGGGCUGGAGUCUCGUGCUGCGAGCUGGCUGAGGAGGACUUCCUGGCAGUCUCACCCUCAGACCAGCGUUAUUGUCAGGUCCAGUACAUCUUGCUGGAUCCUUCUUGUAGUGGCUCUGGUAUGUUGAGCAGACAGCUGGAGGAGCCUGGGGCAGGCACACCUAGCAAGGAACGCUUGCAUGCCCUGGCAGGGUUCCAGCAGCGUGCUCUAUGCCACGCGCUCACCUUCCCGUCCCUGCAGCGCCUCGUCUACUCCACGUGUUCCCUUUGCCAAGAGGAGAACGAAGACGUGGUACAAGGUGCCCUGCAGCAGAGCCCAGGAACCUUCAGGCUAGCUCCUGUGUUACCCUGCUGGCCCCACCGAGGCCUUAGCACUUUUCCAGGUGCCGAACACUGCCUCCGGGCCUCCCCUGAGACCACGCUCACUGGUGGCUUCUUCGUUGCUGUACUUGAACGGGUAGAGGUGCCAGGCUCAGUCUCACAGGCCAAAGCAUCAGCACCAGAACUUUUACCCAGCCCUGCCCCAAAAAGAAAGAAGAGGCAGCAAAGAGCAGCAGCUGCUCCUGGCACACUGCCUUGCACACAGCAGGAAGGAAACUGGUAAUGCUACUUCUCCAGCUAGAAAGACGGAGUGGAUUUCCUCAUCCUUUGGGUCCCCUCCAUGGGCCAUGUUCUUGCUGGUGAGAGAAGUGCUGCCCACAAAAAUAAAAGGCAGGAUGGUCUAUGAUAGGUCACCGUUUUUUUUAUUCUUAAUGACAUAAGCAAGGAGAAAAAUCUCACAUUCAUACUAAAAAUUCCAACUAGACUCAACAGGAAUUAAAUUUUUAUUUGUGAUGGAAAGUCCCAGCCUCCCGUUCCUGUCCAGUGCACGUACAUGUACACAAACACACACACACACACACUCAGGCCAUGCCAGGACACCCUCUUCAGGGGGUUCCUGGACCAAGUGUCCUGCCUGUGGAACUGAGGUAAACUAGCUGAGAGGACUAAAACUAAGAGGCUCUACCUUACAUAAGGUAUAAGCAGAAGCUUGAUUUCUAGACCUGUGCCCACCCCCCCCCCCAAUCCUGAUCGGUAUUUGGGACUUGAGGUUCAGGCCCCUCCUCAGCUUCACGCACAGUUAAGGAUUAACAGAGCUCUUCAUGGGGGCGGGGAGGUGCAGCCCGGUGACAAAACAUUCAACCUCAGUCACAAAGGGGGGAGGGGGGGACUAGUUACAUCUAUGUCACAUUAUUUAUAAAAUAAGAAGUACAUUUCAUAUAAUGUGUCCAGAAGAAGCUCUAGUCCCUCAGGAAAGCUGCCUGGGACAGUAUUUGAGCCUCUUCCUCACACAGGCAUAACUUAACUAUACAGCUAAUUCCUAGUCAAUAGCAUUUAUACUUAACCACCUCAAUGAACCAAGCUUGAAGGAAUUUAAAAGGCAAUUUAGCUUAAAUACAAAAAUAAAUUUUUAUUUUGUUAAAAAA